UCGUGAUCUACGUGAUCGCGUAUGGGUGAACGGCUUCACCGCAGUUGUCCCGUUAGCGGACCUAGAAGGCCCAGAGAGACGACCAGACCGGAGCCAAUCGUAUCGGACGGUUCUCAGACACAUCGAAGCGGACCCUCUCUCGUUUGACGGGGAUUGUGUCUGGUCGGAUCAGUCAGCUGGGACGUUCCUACCAGAUCUUCCUCGUCGAUGCGCUCGAGAGCGGGAUCCUCGCUCGCGAAACGUUGCCAGUCCCUUCGGAGUAAGGAUCGGAUGAAGGAUAGAAUCAUGGGCCGCACAGGAUACACGUGCAUCAGGCACGUUUUUUGCUCCCUCAACGUUUUAAUCUGGUUAUGCGCUUGCGGAAUUUUGGGUGCGGGCCUUUGGCUGCGACUGGCUUACUCCGGAUACGCGACUUUGGUACCUCAGUACAGCUUCGUGUCGGCGGACUCGCUGCUGCUCGCCGCGGGAUGCGUCACAUUCGUCAUCGCCUUCUUCGGAUGCUGCGGCGCAUGGUUCCAGUCAAGAUGCAUGCUGAUCACGUAUUUCAGUCUGGUAAUACUCAUGUUUCUCGCCGAGUUCAUGCUGGGCACCUUGGCGUUCGUGUUCAGGGAACAUCUCGCGAGGAGUCUAAAAGAGGAACUAUUGUACGGCAUUGAGAAGCAUUACAAUGUCACGAGGGAGCCGGGAACACUUUCUGCCAUGUGGGACCAUAUACACACGGAGUUUCAUUGCUGCGGCGUGCGUGAUUACACGGAUUGGUUCCAAAUCGAGGCGUGGCCCGAGGAGGAUCGGGUGCCGGAUUCCUGUUGCAUGCAGCGAGAACGAUACUGCGGUCGUCUCGACUCAGAGGGUCGCAAUAAGGAGCUUUGGUACAAGGAAGGAUGCGCGACCGCCAUUCAAAUGUGGCUAGUAACCAGACUCCACGUGGUGGGCACUGUGGGUCUCGUCGUCGCCUUCCUCCAGCUGUUCGGCCAAGUGGCCAGUAUGAUUCUCUUCUGCACAGUCAGGCACAAGAGAUCCUCUCACACGUACAAGAGCUACGAUACUACCAAUACCUAGAAUUUCAGAUCGAUCUUAGACGAAACCACUGUCUAAGAUCGAUAAUACCCUCCACGCGAGAGCUUCCGAUUCCCAUAGUGCACGCAGCAAGAACGAAUCUUUCUGGGAUCGUGUUGGUAUUAUUUCUUCUCUGAGGACUUUCAUGGAGGAUUUCGCCGAAUUUCGUGCAAUUUCAAUCGCGCCGAAUUCGCGAAUAAUGUAUUGUAUUUGUAGGAAUAUAAGCACAACGAUCGAGACGAAAAUUUAUUCAGAAAGAUUAGAAGAAAAAACCUUACGAUUACGUUGUCGAUUGAACAUUACUUUAUAAAUACAUUUA